AGUCUUUUUCAUAUAUUAGGUAAAGAGGGGACGAAAUAGCAGCAAAAUUUCUUGUGGAUAACAGGUAAUGGGCAUUAUACAACAAUUCCGAGCAGUCGCCGGGAAACUUUUCAACCGGAGAGGUCAAGAGAAACCGUCAGAUGCAUAUGCUUCAGAAGGUGAGUACAGUGGUGGCGUUUCAUCGCCGGUGACCAAAACCAGCAGCCCGGUCAAGUAUGACGGAACUCAAUCCGAUGAGUACGUUUUUUACCCGGAUGGCCGGGAGAAGAUUAGCGACAUUCUCUGCAAGCUCCGUAAAUUCGCUAUUGUCUCUGCCGUUGACGAAUCUCUCAAAACUGUCGCCAGUGGGAGUAAAAUCGUUAAGGAAGGAUCAAAGGAUAAAUCGCCUUCACGUCCUAGACUUGACAAACAAGAUUUUACUGUUAUGAUGGAGGAGAUGCAAGCAAAGAUGGAGAAACUUCAGGAUGACAUGAACAACAUGAAGCAGCAAAAUGAGGUGUCAGCUAAGUGUACCAACGGAUUAGAUUCCUUCGAGUUCUCUGACGAGCCUAUCAAGAGUUCAACGCCUACAAAAUCUAAACCAAAAAAGGUUUUAAUUCGUUCUCGAAUGUAGAAAACAGUAAAAUCAUGGCAAUGAGGAAGCUGCACUUUCAUCUUUCUUGACAAUAUAGGUUGUGCUUCUGUAAUUUUCUUGUGAUUUUGUAUUAUAACUGUAUAAUACAUGUAUU